AGCCCACUUGGUUGAGAUAGGUAUCAGCAAGGAAAAUCUAUAUAAAGGCUGACAUAGUUUGGAUAACUAGCAGAUACUGCUUCUAAGCAUUCAGGUCUUAUAAGCAGAAAAGAAAGGCACAUAAUAAUCAUGUCACAUUCUUGGGGUUAUGGAUCACAUGAUGGGCCGGAAACGUGGGGAGAAAGCUUUCCCAAUGCAAACGGACCCAGGCAGUCUCCCAUUGAUAUUGUACCCACCCAAGCACAACACGACCCUUCUUUGAAGCAUCUUAAACUGAAAUAUGACGCUGCCACCGCCAAGGGCAUUCUCAACAAUGGCCAUUCAUUUCAAGUUGAUUUCGCUGAUGAUGAUGACAGCUCAACUCUGAGUGGAGGCCCUAUUACUGGGACAUACAGGUUGAGACAGUUCCAUUUCCACUGGGGAGCCAGUGAUGACAGGGGCUCAGAGCACACUAUUGCUGGAACAAAGUUCCCCUGUGAGCUUCAUCUUGUUCACUGGAACACCAAGUACCCAAACUUUGGUGAAGCUGCCAGUAAACCUGAUGGCCUUGCGGUGGUUGGAGUUUUUCUCAAGAUCGGCUCUGCCAAUCCAAGACUUCAGAAAGUUCUGGAUGCCCUUGAUGACAUAAAAUCUAAGGGCAGGCAGACUACAUUUGCCAACUUUGAUCCUAGGACCUUGCUUCCUGCCUCUCUGGAUUACUGGACUUAUGAUGGAUCUCUGACCACACCCCCCCUACUAGAGAGUGUCACCUGGAUUGUUCUGAAAGAACCAAUCAGUGUCAGCCCCACUCAGAUGACUAAGUUCCGAAGCCUGUUGUUCACUUCAGAAGGAGAGACACCUUGCUGUAUGGUUGACAACUUCAGACCACCUCAACCUCUCAAGGGACGCAAACUCCGUGCGUCCUUCAAGUAAAUAGCAGUAUCGAUGCCACAACCCUCCCAAAGGCCUUUGCUAUAAACAUGGAGAUACAUUUUUGACUGCUUUUGAAAAACAUUCGCAAUACAAUUGUCACUGAAACAUUACAAGCCCUUUCUUACAUACCCAAAUUGAUAAGACAAUAUGAAAUUGAAAACAAGGAAGUUGGUGUUUUAGAUGUAUGUUUAAAGUAUAACAGAUGUCUUCUCUGUCUUUGUUUUUUUAUUUGAUUGAAAAUUUCAUUUUAGUUCUUAAAUUCUUAAUAACAAACAAAGCUUGAGAAGUAGCUAAAAUGCUUAAAAACGAAGUAGCUAAAAAUGCUUUGUGUUAGACUGGUCAAUUGAAAUGGUGACUGGAAAAUGACAGCAGUUUAUGCUGGUAUUCUUAGUUCCUCAGAAAUAGGUUAGUGAUACUAUUUUAACCACUGUUGAUCUGUCUGGACACUGUCAUUUUCUUUUUCACAAACAAACUGCAAAAAUUGUCAUUUUUGGUUGCUCUUCUAUGUGCUUUUAUAGGUUAAUUUUCUAGCUUGGCAGAUCUUAUAUUUCAUGUUUUUCACUAUAAAAAUGCACAGUGGGACAUUUUUGGACAUCAUGAUUCUGUUUGAUUUUAAAGCAAUGUGCAAAUUUGUCAGUUGUAUUUAGAAUGACUGAUUGGAUAUGUUGAAGCUUAUUUAAUAAAAUACCUGCCAGUAAAGCACUUAAUAACUGCAAUAGCAUUAUGUUGUUAAAGUGAUUUUCUAUUUAAAGCAUUAAGAGGAAUUUAAAGGGAUUGGCUUUUUUAUUAUUAUUAAAUUAAUAUGUAUAUCAUUUGAGUAUUGCAAAUGAUUAGGAAUGUCUGCAAGUCAGUCAUGUGAUAUGAAUUUGAUCAUUCAGCAAUAAAUAAAUAUGCCUAUAUUAUUAAACUAUACUCUCUGAG